AUGUCUCUCAACUACGCCGGUGCAGCAGACGCUAACAGCUUUCGUGAAAUGGAAAAAUUUACAGUUCAACGCAUGGCAGGUCAGGGUACCUUUGGCACGGUUCAAUUAGGACUGGAACGAGCUACUGGGACACCAGUAGCCAUCAAAAAGGUUAUUCAGGAUCCUCGCUUCCGCAAUCGUGAACUUCAAAUUAUGCAAGACCUCGCCACGCCUGGUCAUCCGAAUAUUAUUCAACUGCAGAGCUACUUCUACACCCGUGGGGAGCUUCAGCGCAACGACAUCUAUCUCAACGUCGUGAUGGAGUACGUGCCCGAUACCUUACACCGUUGCUGUCGGAACUACUACCGACGACAGGCCGUGCCGCCGUCGAUUUUGAUAAAAUUAUUAAUGUACCAACUCCUGAGAAGCAUCGCCUACCUCCACCUGCCCUCCGUGAACGUCUGUCAUCGCGAUAUCAAACCCCAUAAUGUUCUUGUGAAUGAGGCAACGGGAAGCCUAAAGCUGUGUGAUUUUGGCAGCGCGAAGAAGUUAUCACCUUCGGAGCCGAACGUGGCAUAUAUCUGCUCGCGCUACUACCGCGCGCCGGAGCUUAUUUUUGGCAAUCAGCAUUACACAACGGCAGUGGACAUCUGGUCGGUAGGCUGUAUAUUCGGUGAGAUGAUGCUAGGUGAACCCAUUUUCCGUGGGGAGAACAGCACUGACCAGCUGUACGAGAUCGUGAAGAUCCUUGGCUGCCCGACUCCUGAGGAGCUGCAGAAACUGAACCAAAAUCGGUUAGACAUACCCUUGCCCAAUAGUCCUCAUGUUCCAUGGAGUGAAGUCUUUCGAUAUGCACACCCUCCCGAGGCGUAUAAUUUACUCGGAAAGCUCUUGCGAUACCUGCCCGAGCAACGUUUGUCAUCCUUCGAGGCACUUUGUCAUCCGUAUUUCGACGAGCUUCAUGAGCCGACGACAAGGUUGCCAGGGAACAAUGAACUGCCCCCGAAUUUAUUUCAAUUUCUUCCUUGUGAAAUAGAGGCUAUGACGGGGAAGCAAAAGGACAAACUCCUUGGGGGUAAGAACGAGCAUAGGAGCUAG